UCUAAAAAUUUUCUCUUUUUCUUGUAAAUCGCCGAAACCUCCGCCAUGAAACCUCUCCUCUUUCUCCUCUUCUUCUUUUACUUCUACCCAGCCCCGACCCUCUGUUACGCUGUAUACGACGCUAGCGCCACCACCACCACUACCAUCAACGCUACGGAUUUCAUCCGUACAAGCUGCUACGCCACCUUGUAUCCCGACGUUUGCUAUUCAUCCCUUUCUCGCUACGCCAACGCCAUCCAACAAGACCCAGCUCGUCUUGCUCGUGCAGCCAUCGGUGUCGCCCUCUCCAAAGCUCGUAACCUAGCCGUUUACGUCUCUAACAUCUCCCGUGUAGCCGAUAACGGCGCCGACAGACGAGCAAAAGCCUCCUUGCUCGACUGUUUCUCCAACAUGGGUGACGCCGUGGAUGAAAUCCGAGGGUCGCUGAAGCAAAUGAGUCAGACGGUGGCUCCGGGUUCGGAGUCUUUCAGGUUCCAAAUGGGGAAUGUGCAGACGUGGAUGAGCGCGGCUUUGACGGACGAGGAGACAUGUACGGAUCGGUUGGAGGAUGUGGCAGAGGGACCGGUGAAGACGGAGGUGUUGAAGAGGGCGGCCAAAGUGAAGAAGUUUACGAGCAAUGCCUUGGCGUUGGUUAAUAGUUACGCUGAAAAGGGCACUAUGUAAUCAGCUAAUACUCAUAACUAUU